AUGUCAAUCUCGGCCCAAGAUAGCAGGGAGUUGCAGAGCACUGAGCAUCGACCCGAGAUUGCCAGUAACAGUCCAAAACACACCGCACGAUUCACAACACUCAUUUUGAACAACUACGGGCGAUGUUACAAAACCCUUGAGUAUCUCAUCCGAUGGCCACGCAGACUCGAGCAUUUUUCUUUCACGCUGCGAUUUGGCUUGGAAUCCUUGUACUUGAAUGAUAUCCACAUGCGCGACGGUCCUAUGGCCGGCCAGAUCGUUCAGAAGUUACAUGACAUGCUCGAACCUCAUCGGACUACGCUGAAGAGCUUACGAAUAGGGCUCGCGUUGACACCGGUUGCGUUUGCAAUGGCGUACAUGCCUGGGCUUGACUAUCCCGCUGGGGCCAAUUUCGGAUUGGACCACGGCAUCAUACCAGACUUUCGAGACUAUCGAAACCUACAGCACCUCCACAUUGCGUCCAUCUUUACUGGUCAUCAGGAUUUCUGCGACCGGUGGAGAUUUAGAAGUGAAUCCCGCGACUUGGACGAGUUACACCGGGAUGUAGACCGACUUCUCGCUCCGACUCUAUAUCGCAUCACUCUGGAUGUCGGCUGCGAGUUCUCUCUGCGGCACUGCCCUUGCUUCCCCCUUGACAUAAAGGACCAGCCAGUCUGCGACCUCCUCUGUCCUCUCGAUCAGGACCUUUUUGCCUUUCUCAUCACUCUCGCCCGGCGCGCCAAGUAUCGGAGGGCUCGGCUUUGUCAAAUCCACGUCAACUACUGUGUCAGGCCUUUUGCUCUUCCCAUGCCCGUCUCCGAUCUUCCAGAAGGGUUCGAUCGGGAAUGGAUUCCUCAGUAUCACUAUUUCGAUCCGUGGGAAUGGCUCGAAAGAGUCAAAAGGAGAGUGGAGAGGCUCGGCAUCCUGUUCACCUACAAUGGUCUGGAACCUGUAUGCGGCGUGCCUCGAACGCAUAUCCCGAUCCCCGAAAUACCUUUCGAUAUGUCGGUGGCGGAAUGGUUGCAGCUUUGCAGACAGCAUCAUUUACAGCUAUUCAACUACGAGGAUGAGAUGUGUUCGGAGCACGUCUGGACGGUGGUCAAGAGCGGCUGA